AUGCAACUGUUGGCCUAUGUACAAAGCGUGAGUGAAUGUCUGAAGAAGAAAAAGGGCCACGCAGCCACGAUCUGGCGGCCGAUAACUGCAACUUUCUUCUUCCCAGUGGGACCGGGAACAGGAUUUCUCUACUUGGUGAAUUUGUAUUUCUUGUAUCAAUAUUCUUCACGAUUAGAAACAGGGGCUUUUGAUGGAAGGCCAGCAGACUACAUGUUCAUGCUCCUCUUUAACUGGAUCUGCAUUGUUAUAACUGGCUUGGUAAUGGACAUGCAGUUGCUGAUGAUUCCACUCAUCAUGUCAGUACUUUAUGUGUGGGCCCAGCUGAACAGAGACAUGAUUGUAUCGUUUUGGUUUGGAACAAGGUUUAAGGCCUGUUACCUUCCAUGGGUUAUUCUGGGAUUCAACUAUAUCAUUGGUGGAUCAGUCAUCAAUGAGCUGAUAGGAAAUCUUGUUGGACACCUGUAUUUCUUCUUAAUGUUUAAAUAUCCAAUGGAUUUAGGAGGAAGGAAUUUUCUGUCCACACCUCAGUUCCUGUACCGCUGGCUGCCAAAUAGGAGAGGAGGAGUGUCGGGGUUUGGUGUCCCACCUGCUAGCAUGAGAAGAGCUGCAGAAGAUCAGCAGGGUGGUGGAAGACACAACUGGGGCCAAGGUUUCCGUUUGGGUGACCAGUGAAGAAUUCCUGCCCUUGGAAAACAGCAACUCUUUGGUUUUAACUGGACGUAGAACCAACCCUUCCUGGUGCAGAGCGUGCUUAAGAACUGAGCUCUCUGUAGUACUGUUGGAUUUAACUGAUUAGAAAGAAUGUUUCUGGUUCAAGAGAAAAUUAAAAACUCCAGAAGGGAAAAAUGUAGAUCUUGCUCCAGGUUAGCCAGUAGUGUCCAAUUUAUUUCUGCCAUUAAAAAAAGCUUUCUUUAUACAGUAUUGUCUGUCACAACAGGCAUCCAUUAUGCCAUCUUGUUCCGUGAUGUGAUGGAACAAGCCGAUGGUGUUGUGUCUCACCUGGUACAUUAAAAGCUUUGUUGACCGUGGUAAGGUAAGAAUCCAGUGUGAGACAGGUGGAUCAAACUAACCCCAAAGUUUAGGAAGCUGACUUUUUCCAUAGCUGUGCUUAAGUCCCAGGGUUUUGGAAGCAUUAUUGAAGUGAUAUCUCUCUACUGCAUUCAUAAAGCAAAGUGCAAAUGUUUCAUUUCCAUUAUUAAGCUGUGUUUUGA